CUAAUGGCUUUUCUUGGCAGAGACUGGCUUGGUCACUUCGAUGAAUUUGGGAGGUCAGUGAAGGAAGUGGUCAAGAAGGGUGAGGACGAGUUUGCACGGUUUAGCACUGAAUUGGUACCGGAGUUUGUCAGUUGGAACAGAUGGGAGCGUUGGAAGGAUUACAAGAAUUGGGAGUCCGAACGAAUUGCUGCAUUGGUACUGUAUAUUUUUGUUGCAAUAUUUUCUUGUCAAAGACUAUAUGUUGCUGUUCGAGCGCCACAACUGGAAAGAGAGAAAAAGGAAUUAACAGAGGCUUAUAUGGAGGCAUUGAUUCCAGACCCCUCGCCUAGUAAUGUUAGAAAGUUUAAGAAGAGUCUAUGGAGGAAGACAAUGCCCAAAGGCCUAAAACUGAAGAAGUUCAUUGAAGGACCUGAUGGAACACUUAUCUAUGAUAGUUCUUAUAUUGGAGAAGAUGCAUGGACUGAUGAUCCAGAAUCCUCUGAGGACAACGUGAAACAAAUUAUUGACAAUGAUGCAAGAUUAAAUGCAGAAGAAAAGAAGGAGCUGAGAAAAGACUUGUGCAUUUCAGGUUCCUUAAAUUCCAGGUAUGUGGUUCAAUUUGACAUGAAAGAGGUGGAAAACAGUCUUCGCAAGGAUAUAGUUGAAAAGACAACAAAAACUCGGGGAACAAGAGCUUUAUGGAUAUCAAAGAGAUGGUGGAGAUAUCGUCCUAAACUUCCUUAUACAUAUCUUCUUCAAAAAUUGGAUUCCUCUGAGGCAAGUGACAUCAAAGUUGCUGCUGUUGUCUUCACAGAGGAUCUGAAAAGACUGUAUGUAACAAUGAAAGAAGGUUUUCCUUUAGAAUAUACUGUUGACAUCCCUCUUGAUCCUUACUUAUUUGAGACUAUCUCAAGUUCUGGAGUUGAAGUUGACCUUCUACAGAAGCAGCAGAUACAUUACUUUAUGAAAGUCAUAGUUGCAUUGAUUCCUGGAAUACUGAUUCUUUGGCUUAUUAGGGAGUCUGUGAUGCUUCUGCACAUCACUUCUAAGCGUUUUCUUUUCAGAAAAUAUAACCAACUAUUUGAUAUGGCUUAUACAGAAAAUUUCAUCAUGCCAGUUGGAGAUGUUGGUGAUACUAAAUCUAUGUAUAAGGAAGUGGUAUUAGGGGGUGAUGUUUGGGAUCUUCUUGAUGAGCUGAUGAUUUAUAUGAGAAAUCCCAUGGACUAUUAUGAGAAAGAAGUGAAAUUUGCUCGGGGUAUUCUUCUAUCUGGACCUCCUGGAACAGGGAAGACACUUUUUGCAAGAACACUUGCAAAGCAAAGUGGGCUGCCUUUUAUUUACGCUUCUGGUGCAGAGUUUACAGAUAUUGAAAAUCGUGGUAAACGAAGAAUCGAUGAGAUGUUUUCUAUUGCAAGGAGAAAUGCACCUUCAUUUGUAUUUAUUGAUGAAAUUGAUGCCAUAGCUGGAAGGCAUGCAAACAAGGAUCCACGUUUAAGGGGCACACUUGAGGCUUUGAGGGAGAGAACUGGCAUUGAUCGAUUUUCACUUAAACAAGCUGUGAUAUUCAUCUGUGCUACCAAUAGGCCAGAUGAAUUGGACCUUGAGUUUGUUCGCCCUGGACGAAUUGAUCGGCGUUUAUACAUUGGCUUGCCCGAUGCAAAGCAGCGAGUGCAAAUAUUUGGUGUUCACAGUGCAAGAAAGCAGCUUGCUGAAGAUGUAAACUUUGAAGAGCUUGUCUUUCGCACGGUUGGUUAUUCUGGGGCAGAUAUCAAAAAUCUUGUAAAUGAAGCAGCAAUAAUGUCUGUGAGGAAAGGACAUUCCAAGGUUCACCAGCAAGACAUAAUUGAUGUGUUAGAUAAGCAGUUACUAGAGGGUAUGGGUGUGCUCCUUACAGAGGAAGAGCAAAGGAAAGUUCAAGAAACGGUAUCUUUUGAAAAGAAGAGACUGCUGGCUGUUCAUGAAGCUGGUCACAUAGUAUUAGCUCACUUGUUUCCUCGAUUUGAUUGGCAUGCAUUUUCUCAGCUCCUGCCAGGUGGCAAGGAAACUGCAAUGUCUGUGUUUUACCCCCGUGAGGACAUGGUGGACCAAGGUUACACAACUUUUGGAUAUAUGAAAAUGCAAAUGGUGGUAGCUCAUGGUGGGCGUUGCGCUGAACGCAUUGUAUUUGGUGAUGACAUAACUGAUGGGGGAAGGGAUGAUCUAAAGAAAAUAACAAAGAUUGCAAGAGAGAUGGUGAUUAGUCCACAUAAUGCAAAGUUGGGGCUUACAGCUCUAACAAAAAGAGUGGGACUGGCUCAGUCAAGUACAACAGAUGGGAAUUUGAUAAGAUAUAGAUGGGAUGACCCGAAGGUGAUUCCUGCCAACAUGACGGUUGAAGUAGCUGAGCUAUUUACUCGAGAACUGACAAGGUACAUUGAAGAGACAGAAGAACUUGCAAUGAAUGCUUUGAGGGAUAACAGACACAUACUGGAUGUCAUUGCAAAGGAACUGUUGGAAAAGUCGAGGAUAACUGGAUUGGAAGUUGAAGAGAUAAUGAAGGGACUUUCACCAGUAAUGUUUGAGGAUUUUGUGAAGCCAUUCCAGAUAAACUUGGAGGAGGAGGGACCUUUGCCUCCUAAUGAUAGAUUGCGGUACCAACCCCCUGACAUAUAUCCUGCCCCGCUUCAUAGAUGUUAAUUUCCCAUACUUGCACAGCAACAGUUGUUGGUCGCUCGCUGAUUUUCUAGCCAGGAUGCUGACAGUCACAAUGCAAUUGCAUUUUUUUGUUUGGAUAGCUGAAAUGGGGUUGAACUCUCUGAAUAUUUUGAGAAAUUGCAGUUGAGCAAGAAAAAUGUUCCAAGGAAGAUAUCAUUUUGACAAAGUUCUCCGUAUAAUUGUAUUUUAUUUAUAAUAUAUACUUCCAAAUGUCAAUUCUCAAAUGCAAUUACAGUUCCUCCCCUCCCUCCAAGUGUAUUUAUUUUCUUUUGUAAAUUCUCUUUCUGAACUUUUAAGAUUGAGGCUUCUUUGACGGUGCUUAGCAGUAUUCUUUUAACAGAGUGUUUUCAGAUUGUUGUGUAAUCCGUAUUUCAUUCUCUAUUCUUUCUUUGCGGCUGAGUUAUAAGACGGAAGUAAAAGCUUCAAUUUUUGUUGGGGAGUUUCCCUUUGCUUUCUUCCUAGUGGAAAUAUACGAAGCACUAUGGACCAAGAAAUACAGGAGCAGGAGGAAGCACAAACCCUAGUUGACAAAAACUUCCCCCUUUUCUCCAAGCGUCUCAAACCCAGAUCCAAAACCUCUGAACCCUCCCAAAACCCUGAUGAUUCUCCAAACCUACCUCCCCAGAAACCC